GAUUUUUCCCUCAAAAGAACAAAAGCCUUUCGUUUUGCCUUAAACGGGUUGCUUCGAUUACUAUUUCUUAUUGAAUCAACAUUAAAUAUGACAAAAAAGCAAUAUUUUAAUUGUUUUAUUUUGAAUAAGGUCGAGUAUAAAGGAAAAGAACAUAAGAAAGAACUAAUCUGAAAUGAUGCUAUAUUUCAAGUGUUAAGGGAUAGUCGUCUUGAGCAAAAUCUAAUGCCUUUUCCGUCUUGAGUUUCUAUUUUGUUUGAUGCGUGGUUUUAAUGGUUGUUGUUAUGUGUUUUUCUUCAACACAAAUGACUUCAAAGCAGGAGAAGAGCUUGACCAGCAGGAAGAGAAAACCCAACUGGACCGACGAGGAGAGCCUUCUUCUGGCUCAGCUGAUUCAGAAAAAGCAGAACAUAGUCAGAGGGAAGCCAAGCACCGGAGUGUAUUUUCAAGACAAGAGGCUUGCCUGGAAGGAGAUAGUCCAAGCCAUUAAUGAGGCUUUUCCACAUGUUCAGCGCACAGUUCACGACUGCAACAAAAAAUGGGAAAACCUUCUUGCAAAGGCAAGGGUGGAAAUUAAGCGACAGUCUAAUAAAGAAGAAGAGAUGUUAUUUGAGAAGCUCAGUGCCGUAACACAGAUAGUUAUUUCUGUGCUGAACCUCCCAGAGAAGAAAGUGCAGAAAACCAAGAAGAUUUACCACAAAGUGAUAUAUGACAGCACAAAUAAGAGUGAUGAUGGUAAGUCCACAGCUGAGGAUAUCACAAGCAAGCAGGCACUGAUAGAGGUCGAACUGUCAGAUCCGGAGCUGGAUCCAGAUCCAAGCAUCACUCCGGAACACGAAACGGCCUCGACAAACGCUCCCAACUCCCCAGCAAGGCAGCCGGGUAGUCCUGAUGCUGAAGUCCUCAGCGAUUCGGAUGUCCAAAGCCCCUGUUCCUCCUCUUCCUCACCACCGCGCAGACCUGCUGCUCAGCAGGAGAAAUUUGAUCUGGAAAUGUCUGUACUGAGAAGACAAGACAAAAUUCUCAGGCUGCAGGAGGAGUAUUACACACUUAAAAUAAAGCUGCUGAAGAGUAAAAUCAAAGAACUCUCUUAAGAAAACUGAA